CUCUUUCACAAUUCUAAACCCUAGAAUUCCUUUGCUUCCUGAGAUCUCUCGCAGUUUUGCACUUGCCGGCCGGAGUAGCUGAAACAAGGAGGAUUCCAUCAUGGGAAAGGUUCACGGAUCUCUUGCUCGUGCCGGAAAAGUUAGGGGACAGACCCCUAAGGUUGCUAAACAGGACAAGAAGAAGCAGCCCAGAGGUCGCGCCCACAAGCGCAUUCAGUACAACCGCCGUUUCGUCACCGCCGUUGUUGGAUUCGGAAAGAAGAGGGGACCCAACUCUUCAGAGAAGUAAGCUUGAGAUGUGAGUAGUGACAUGAGAAAAGUUAUUUGGUGAUUUUUUUGUGGAACUGUUAAUGCCACCAUGUCAUAGUGCUUUUAGUUUCUAAGAUUUACUGUAUUUUUCAUUUGGAUUUAUGGUUGAAUUUUUAUUUUAUUGAAGAUAUUAACUUUUAUUA